AUGGAUAUUGGUCAACUCAACAACCCUUUCAAAUCAAAGACUCAGUCUCGUGAUGGUUCAAGCGACGGCGGAUCCGAUCCUUAUCAAAUCGGCGACUAUGACGAACCUGCACCACAGCCUCAACAACAGCAACAACAGCAACCAUCACAAGAUCAAAGCACUGCUGCACAAGUUGCUGACAAGGUUAAAUCAGAAGCACAACACGCUGCCGACAAAUUGACUGGCAAUGAUCAACCUCAGUAA